AUGAACAACCCGUGGGUUGUUACCUCGUUGGAGUUCCAACAAAAUGAGAUCCAAUUCAUUACACUCAAACCUACAGACGGAUUUCUGAAUGGUGAACAAGCAAGAGGUUUCAUGCUGAAAAGUGGACUUCCACCUAACGUCUUGGCACAAGUAACCGGUGUUUUGAUUUUAUUUCUUUGCUUUUAGGGGAAAUUUUUGUUCUUCUUGCAAUUACAAAAAUAUUUUAGGUAUGGAACCUAGCUGAUAUGAACAAGGAUGGUCGUUUGGACAAGAUUGAGUUUGCCGUAGCAGUAAAACUAAUUCGCAAUGCUCUGUCCGGACUUCCUCUUCCAAAUAUUCUUCCUGACUCUAUGAAAGUGAUUCAACAAGCUCCUCCUCAAGCCUUUGUCCGACCUCCGGCCUAUGGAAUGCCUCAGAUGCCACAACCUUAUAUGGGAGGACCUCCACCACAACCUCCAACUCAAAUACAACCGGAAUUCAAAAUGGGCACAAAGGAAUUAGGGGAUUGGACAAUGCCGCACAGUACCAAACUAAAGUACUCUCAACGGUUCAAUCAAUUGGAUAGAGAACGAAAAGAUUAUUUGACUGGUCAACAGGUUAGAGGAGUAAUGGGAGAAAGUCAACUGCCAGCGCCAAUUCUUGGACAAAUUUGGAACUUGGCAGACAACAAUAAGGAGGGGUAUUUGACUAUCGAAAAGUUUUGUGUGGCCAUGUUUUUGAUUGACCAGGUCAAGGUAAGAGAAAAUUUUAAAUCAUUUUGUUUAACUUUUAGGCCGGAUACGCCCUUCCUCCUAAACUCCCACCAGAGUUGGAUACGUUUGCUUCCCGUCCAAAGACAGAAUCGCCAGCAAUCACUCCGGGCGAGGAUCCGCCACAGAAAACCCCCACUUUAAAGACAUUCGAAGAUAAACGAAGGGAUAAUCUAGACAAAGGAGAGGCCGAAUUGGAACGGCGACGACAGAUCCUUCGAGAAGAAGAAGAAAGACGUAGGAUGGAGAUCGAACGGAAGGAAAGAGCAGAGGCCGAACGUCGAGAACAGGAACGAUUGGAACAGGAGAGGAUACGACAAGCUGAACUUGAAGUCCAAAGACAACGGGAAAAGGAGCUGGAGGAACAGCGAGCAGCAGAAGAAGCAAAACUUCGAGCUGAACGAGAAGAACAACGAAGGAAGGCCGACGAAGAGAGGAUGAAAUUGCUGGAACAAAGACAUGUUAAGGAUCUUGAGGUUAGUCUUCUUACUUUGUUAUAUUUUUCUUUUUGUUGUUUUAGACUCAACUCCAAGCCGAAAAAGAGAAAACGGCCCAAAUCCAACAACGCCACAAGACGAUGACGUUUCAAUUGCAAGGCCUGGAAGAGAAAGCGGCUCAACUUACACUUGAUUCGAAUGCAUCAAGAGAUGAAAUCAUUGCAAUCACGAGUGAAAUCGAAGCUAUGAGAGGUCAGCGAGACCAGAAAGUGGCGAAGAUUCAAGAACUUCAGGCUAAGAAUCAACAAGUAUGUGAAGAAAACCUUUAUGCUUUGUGUCAUGUACAUAUGAGUCUGAUCGUUUUAUUUCAGCUCGCCGUUCAAUGUGAAAGGGUUUCUCAUAGCAACUUGCAACUUCAAACGGAAUGUCAAAAGAGCUUGUCCAGAGGAAAAGAGAUCGAACAGAUCAGAAAUUUGAUUGAGGAAAGAAAAAAUCAGAUCAAGAAUGCCCAAAACGAAAUUCAAGAUUCCACUCAACGCCUGGAGAAUCAGAAGAAAUUGGUGAAUGAGGUAAACAUUACUUUUGAAUCUUAUAUUGUUGUUUUUGCAGAAGAAACCCGAGUUUGAUGCUGGAGAAGAACGUCUGAAAAAGAUUGGUGAUGUGUAUCGGGAAAUGCUCGAGAAAUUCGUUGCCAAACAAACGGAACUCCAUAAGAAAGUCAGUGAGAAGAGAAGGGCACAAGUCCCACCAAUGAGUGCUGCUUUCAACUCCAAUUCAAAUAAUUUCAAUACCAACUUUAACUCGACGAAUGAUGCGUUCGGAUCGAAUGCCUUUGGCACUGGUGAUGGAUUCAACGCUUUCCCCAAACAGAAUGAUCUUUACGAAGCCCCACCUGAUGCGAAUGCCUUCCCCACCAGCUUCAAUGACCCAUUUGCUCCAAAACAGGGAGAUCCUUGUAAGCAAAUCGCCGAGAUUCAAGAGUAUAAUAUACUUUUUAGUUGCACCAUCUGGACAAACCACUCAUGCUUCUCCUCAGAAUUCAUCCGACAAGCCGCCAGUCAAAUACCGCGCAUUAUAUGAAUUUGUGGCCCGAUCUGAUGAUGAACUUUCCCUCCAGCCAGGUGAUACCAUCCUUGUUUUCGAAGGGCAUGCGUCGGAACCAGGAUGGUUGGCUGGUCAGAUCAAGGAGAAGGUUGGGUGGUUCCCGGCUUCGUUCGCAGAGCCCAUUGCCAAGAAGACCAGUCCCAUUCAAAACUCGACUUCUGCUUCUCCAUCGACGGAACCAUUGGCUAGUAUUAAAGAAGAGCCAACGGAAAAGGAUUUUAAUACUGAUUUUAGUAAGUGCAGGCUUAAGAGGGCUAACAAAGAAUAGUUCGAUAAAGUUUUCGCUUUUUGUUUUUGAUGGUCGGAUACUAAUUUAUAUUAUUUUAGGUUCCGCCUUUGCCGCCGGAACCCCAGUUGCCCAACCACCCUCCACAAUGUACGACGCCCCUCCAGGAGACAUCCCCUCUCCGGUCAAACCAGCCCCAGCUUCAGUAGCCACUUCCAACGACGUCGUCAUCGCUGUGGGUGUUGCCCAGUUCCCCUGGAAAGCCCGUUAUGACUCAGAAUUAAGUUUCGCGAAAGGCGAUACCAUCGAGAUCCUAGAAAAAACGGAAAUGCGAUGGAGAGGAAGGGUUCAGGGUAAGAACGACACCAAUGGAUGGUUCCCCAAGAGUUAUGUGAAACUGAAUGAGAAUGGUAAGAUAAAGUACUUUGAAGAUGAUGUAAGAUGUUUCAGUCCCCUCUAAACAAUCCUCGGUCGAAUCGAAUCGUCAACUUUCUUCUCAUGUCACCCCCUCCAACUCCCAACAAGCAAUUGCCCCCACUUCUCAACCUGUAUCCUCACCAUCAGGCCAAUGGUUUGUCGCUUUGUAUCAAUUUGAUGCUGUGGAGUCAACGGAUCUGAGCCUUAAGAUUGGAGAGCGGAUCUUUGUCACGGAACAAGAAGGUGAAUGGUGGAAGGGAACUGCGAAUGGAAGAACAGGCAUAUUCCCGGCCAAUUAUGUGGAAAAAGCUGACUCGGCCCCUGCCCUCCCUACCUCAACGGUUAGCGCCUCUGGAGAUUCAACGGAAAUGGAUAGAAAGGCCAAGGUGAUUGCCGCAUUUGAGGCGACAGCGGAGAAUCAGAUCAGUCUUCAUGUUGGGGAUCAAGUGCAAAUAAAAAACACAACUCCAGGUGGAUGGUGGGAAGGAAAUGUGAUCGGAAAGGAGGAUAAAGUGGGAUGGUUCCCCGGAAAUUAUGUUCAGGUAAGGGGAUGAAAUUUUAUUUUUCUUGGAUGACAUGUUACACGGUUUGCGCUUUCGAUAAGAUUUUUUAUUAAACAAAUUGCAAUUUUUAAUCAUAAAGUUGUUAUGAUGGAGCUUAUUUUCAGCUAAUCAGCGCUGCCUCAACUCCAAUCGGCGCCAAGCUGGCUGAUGCCGCUUUUGAUUACGAAGCCCAGCAUGCAGAUGAACUCUCUUUCAAAUCCGGCGAUGUAAUUGAAGUCACCGAACAAACGGACAGUGAAUGGUGGAAGGGGCGGAAACAAGGGACCACCGGUGAAUCUCUCCUCUUCCCAUCUAACUUUGUACAACUUCGGUAAAUUAUUUUGAAUCUCUUUGAUUAUCCAACGGAAUCUGAAAAUUUUAUAACUAAUGUUAAGAAAUCUCUAAAUAAACUUUUUCUAACUGACCUAGGAGGUGCUGAAUCAUUGGUAGGAUGACUUUGUAAGGUAUUACUGAGUAAGAUUAGAUAUUGUGAUGUGAGUGUGUGGUUAUUUAUGUUAGCUAUCAGAUUGUUAGUGUAAUUUAUUGUAUUGGUGAUGGUGUUUAAGUUUUUUUCUUUAUAGUAAUGUGACGGACGCGCCUUCUGUUACUCCUUUUUCAAAAUCGAGUAGUCAAUCAGAUGCCGUGAGAAGGGUAAGCGGACUUUUGGAUAUUGAUUUGUCUAAACCCUUUCGUCAUUUUUGUGAUAUUAUCCAUGUGUUGGGUGCUUGUGAUGGUCGUUUUCUGCAACUUGAAGUUGCUUUUGGUCCUUUCAGUUAUCAAUUUUUAUUAAAGACUCGCCUAUGUUGUUUUAGUAGCCUGGUAAAGAUUUUGUUCUAUUUAAGGAGCUGAUUGAGACCGAAAAUCGUUUUGCUGAGGAUCUUUUGAUGGUUAGAAAUGUUUUCAUGAAACCGUUGGCUACCGUAUUAAAUGAGGAUGAGUUGAACAAGCUGUUCUUGAAUUGGAAUGACCUAAUAAAAUUAUCCAAGAAGAUUUACAGUGGACUACAAAAGAGACCACCAGGUAUUGAGUGAAAUCUUUUGGGGAUAUUCAUGUUUAGGUGAGCUCUUUUGCCGUCGAAUUGAUGCCCUCGAGGAGUUUGUGACCUUCUGCGAAGGCCAACAAUCGGCCAUCGAUUAUUUGAAUCAUUUGGAAACGAGCAAUGAGAAGUUUAGAAAAUGUCAUUUGAAAUGUCAGGAGCACGAGGCCGUCAGAGGAGUAUCACUGAGCUAUUACUUACUCAUUCCGAUGUCUCGAAUCACCAGAUACCCACUUAUAUUCGAGAAAUUGCUCAAGGAAACGAAUCCGAAAGACCCGGAUUAUGAGGUGAGAUAUUCAUCACGAAUAAAUUAAUUAUAAUAUAAGCAUGGUAGCUUUAUAAUUCUGUUGAUUAUUACAUUAUCAAUCACUCGACCUUCCAGGCCCUUCACAACGCCCAUCAAUUACUUCAAGCACUCUGCGCUCGAGUAAAUAACGCAAUUUCCGAAAUGCAAAAUACGAACAUGUUAUAUUGGAGUCAGCGGAACAUAAAAGUCGGAAACAUCCAUUUGGAAUUUACAUCCGAAACGAGGGAGUUAGGCCCGCGCAAGUUCCUACAGUCCGGAAUCGUGAAUAAAAACAAGUCGAACAAGAUGUUGGUAGCUUUGCUUUACAAUGAUAUGCUAGUGUUGACAACAUCCGAUGAAGGGAUAUCAAAGGUAUGCAGUUUUAUCUCUAAAUGAAGGAUGACUAAUGCUUUAUUCCGGCGUUUCAGCCAGAGGAUUUCAAGAUAUCGCCAUCAGAUGACGUUAGGCUUACCUUAUAUAAGACUCCAUUUGUCCUGAAGAAUCUGCAAGUCGAGGCCAGCCUAUUGGACAGCAAUGUAUUCGAGAUCCGGAACUUGGAACUUACAGUGCAACUGAGGGCCAAAAGCAGUAAUGAAAAGAUGUUCUGGGUGAAUCAGAUACGCAAGGCGAUUGAUGAUUAUGAUGUGAAUUCGCAACUGACUUUGGCCAAAACUUCGGUAUGUUUAUAAGGCUAGAACGGGUAUUGAUAAUUAUUUUUGAGGGUACAUUGCUUUCAACCGCUAAUUUCAGAAAUCUCCAACCAACUUUGGCCAAACAUCAGCUGGCACAUUAUCAGUGGAACUAGUCAGUCUGAGCAGAACUGACAUCCUCAACAAACCGCUGGUAAUUUCGUUGGAUCUGGAACAGCUAGAGAGGCCGUUGAGAUCACAAAUAACCCCGUCUUCUUCCACCAACAGCCUCUUGAAAUUAGACAUGAAUUUAAUGUCUCUAAAACAGCAUCUCGAACUGACUGUUGCUAUAUUCCAGCCUUACAGACCUGAUCGAAAGGUGGGCCAGGUGACCGAAGAUAUAAUGCAGCUGGUGAGGAUCGCCGCCCAUCAUCGCGGCCCAAUCGUGAGGAAAUUGGAUUUGGAGAAAUCGGAUCUGACUGGUAGGAAAUGCGAAGCGGUUAUUAAGUUUGUUGUCAACAUUCGAGAGCAGUUGUAA